AUGACCGACUCUACCACCUCCAUGUCCAAGCUACCAGAGCGAGUCGACAGCACCGGUGGUAAGGGUGAAUAUGGUGAUACUCUCGGAAAUCAUGAGCCGAAUGAACUCCCUCGACAAUUCUCACUUUUUUCCACUCUUGCAUUUGGAUUCAGCAUGACGAACUCCUGGCUCGGUUACUCUGCUACUUUCAUUACACCACUAUUGUUGGGUGGCAGUCCUACUGUAUUUUUCGGUCUGAUUGCUGCUUCAAUCGCAAGCUGCUUCAUCACGGCCGGUCUGGCUGAGCUCGCGUCGGCCUAUCCCUCCAGCGGCGGACAGUAUCAUUUUGCGUAUAUGGUCACCCCUCCGAAAUACCGCGCUCUGGUGGCCUUCAUUCUUGGAUGGUUGAGUGUAGUGGCAUGGGCUCUCACCAGCGCCUCCACUGCCCUAGUCUGUGCCCAGAUGGUCGGAAACCUGGCCGGCAUGUAUCACCCAAACUACGUCGCAGAGGCCUGGCAGACAUGGAUGAUCUACUCUUUAUUGGUCUUGAUUGCAACUGCAAUUGUCUGUUACCUACCAACAGCGCUCCCUAGAGGCGAGAUGGUGAUGUUUGUAAGCAGUUUUCUGGGAUUUCUCGUUAGCUUCGUCACUGUUUUGGCUAUGCGAACAAAUGGGCAGUCAGCAAAAGCGGUAUUUGUCGACUACCAGAACACAAGUGGUUGGAGCGACGGCACUUCCUUCAUCAUCGGGCUUGGGACCUGUAUGUAUGCAUAUCUGGCCAUUGAUGGAGCGUGUCAUAUUGCAGAGGAACUUCCCAACCCCAGUCGUGAUGUCCCUCGUGCUAUGGGGCUCACUAUGCUAAUCGGUAUCCUCACCGUCAUCCCUUGGACAAUUGCAUUUCUUUUCUCCAUCACGGACACAGAUGCUGUCGCCUCAUCUUCGAUUCCGGUCUAUACCAUCUAUUUGCAAGCCACGCGAAGUCAGUCUGCGGCCACUGUACUCACUGUGUGGAUCCUGUUUGUCUACUCCGGUGCCCUGGUCUCAUGUAUCGUGACGACUGGGCGACUCGCAUAUGCAUUCGCGCGUGACGAAGGCCUUCCAUACUCGGGAUUCUUCGUCAAGAUUCAUCCCACGCAUCAAUCCCCCAUCAACGCCACAAUUGGCUGUGCUGCCGUGGUAAUCAUUUACGGAUUAAUCUAUAUUGGAUCUGCAGCUGCUUUCAAUAGCUUCAUAUCCAUGUCCAUCUUAUCGCUCAACUUGACUUAUGCUCUCCCUCAGGCCAUUCUCUUGGUGCGAGGGCGAGAGCGCGUUCUACCGAAACGCCCCUUUGCCUUGGGUCGAUACCUUGGUCCAAUCUGCAACGCCUUUUCGAUCCUUUGGGUCCUUUUUAUUACGAUUAUUUUUUGCUUUCCUACCUCGAUUCCAACCACAAUCGCCAGCAUGAACUAUGUCAGCGUGAUCAUAGUUGGUAUCUCAUUUUUGAUCCUUAUAUCUUGGUGGGCAGGCAAAAGAAAAACAUUUUCUGGGCCGGGGCUCGAGGUUGCGCUACGGGAUCAUGAUCUGUCUUCAGGCACGUCAGCGACAAGGGGAAAUGGUCGAGAUUAA